AUGUGGCGACGGGUGGGCCUCUCAGCUCGGCAGGCCGUGGCGGCCCUCUCACCGUAUCUCUCGGACACACGACGGCGGACGCUCGAGGGGGCGCUGCGUGGGCGGACAGAGAAGGUGCGGCUGGUGCUGGAGAAUGUGGCCAAUCCGCGCAACGCCGGCGCAGCGCUGCGGACAGCUGAGGGCGUCGGCGUUCACCACGUUGACAUUGUGGCCGACGAGGACCACUUUGACCACGCGUUCCGAUCGCAGUCUGCCGCCCGCUGGCUCGGCCUCCGCCGCUUCGAUGCCGCUGCCGACAUGCUUGCGGCUCCCCCGUUCGACGCCUCCUCCACCCUCCUGCUCACCGCGGAGCUCUCGCCGACGGCCCGCCCGCUCCCGCUGUGGCGCGAGGAUCUGGCUGCCGCCAUCCACGACGACGGCAAGACGCUAGCUCUGGCCUUUGGCAACGAGCGUCUCGGCGUCUCGUCUGAGCUCUCUGCUGCUGCGCACGGUGCGUUUGUCCUCCCGCUCCGCGGCAUGACUCAAUCGUUUAACAUCUCGGUCGCUGUUGGCAUGACCAUGGCCUACCUUCAGGCCUGGGGCCUCCUCUCUGACGCACACUUUGACGCUCGCGCCGGCCUUGCCGGAUCGUCCGCUGCCGAGCUCACUGCCGCGAGUGAGCUCACCGAUGCCCAGGCCGAGCUUCUCGCCACCUGGUACACCACGGCGGUCGGCCACGCACCGGCCAUUCUCGAGCGCGCGGCUGAGGCCGAGACAAAGUAGGGGGGGGGGCUCACCGCCGGCGGCGUAUCGAAACUGGCGCUAGCUUGGCAGGCUCAGUCGCUUCGCGCGGCGGCUCUUCCGUCGGUGCCGAAAUGUGCGCGUCAAAGAGCGCGAGAUUGACAUGCGCUGGCUCGGCCUGCGGGCCAAAGACCGGCGAGAUCACCAGUGGCGCCGGAUGCCGCGCCCACUGAAGCACGUCGUCCGGCGCCGAGCUCGCCGACGCCGGAUCGGCAACAUCCCACAACGGGAACGAGCUCGCGGCCGACACCCGGCCGGCCACGAGCGGGUCAAAGCCGGAGACCACAACCGAAAGCCGCGGCAGCAGCGCCACAAUGUCAGCCCGCGAUAGCGAGCGGAGCGGCGAGUUACCGUCGAUGGCAUGGACAAGCGUCCACGGUCCUGUAAAGUUGGCGUUCUUCCC